UGUCGAUUAGGUUUAAAACAAAUCGCAAACGUAUAGUUGAAAGUUAACCCGAGAAGUUGACAGUUAAAUGAAUACCUGCCUUCUUUACAACCCAGGGGUUGUGAUAAAGUCUUUGUUACUUUGAGGUGAUCGUUACUCAUCCAUAUUUUCCCCUCGCUGCUCCACUCUUGAUUGUCGAUUGUGGAUCAUCAUGGCUAAACGUGUGGCUGUGAUUGGAGGAGGAACCUCAGGGCUGGCCUGCAUCAAAUGCUGCCUGGAUGAAGGUCUGGAGCCGGUGUGUUUUGAGACCAGUGAUGACAUUGGAGGACUUUGGAGGUUUAAGGAAAAUCCAGAUGCAGACCGCGCCAGCAUUUACCACUCUUUGAUUAUCAACACUUCAAAGGAGAUGAUGUGCUACAGUGAUUUCCCCAUUCCUGCCCACUUCCCAAACUACAUGCACAACUCCCUCAUCAUGGACUACUUCCGCAUGUACGCUGACCACUUCCAGCUCAAACGGCACAUCCGCUUCCAGACAAAAGUCCUUCAUGUUACACCGAGGCCAGACUUCUCUCACUCUGGACAGUGGGAUGUAGAGACAGAGUCCAGAGAUGGUCGGAGAGAGAAGCAGGUGUUUGAUGCUGUGAUGGUUUGCACCGGACACCACUGUCACCCUCAUCUCCCUCUACAGGACUUUCCAGGAAUAAACACUUUUAAGGGGAAAUUCUUCCACAGCCGUGAUUACAAAAGCCCUGAAGAAUGGCGAGGAAAGAGGGUAGUUGUGAUUGGCAUUGGAAACUCUGGAGGAGAUAUUGCUGUGGAGCUGAGCAGAAUGGCCAAACAGGUUUAUCUGAGCACCCGAAGGGGAUCAUGGAUAGUGAAUCGUGUAGGAAACAAAGGUGUUCCUUCCGAUAUGGUGCUUAAAAAAAGAGCAUUAAACUGGUUUCUUGGAUGGAUGCCUGCUGAAUGUAGUAACAAAUGGAGAGAAAAACAACUCAAUAAACGGUUCGAUCACAAGCUCUAUGGGCUGCAGCCUGUGCACAGAAUUUUCAGCCAACAUCCCACGGUCAAUGAUGACUUACCAAACCGCAUCCUCUCCGGUACCGUCUCAGUCAAGCCAAAUGUUCAAGAGUUUCGUGGAUCAAGUGUGGUGUUUGAGGAUGGCACUGUUGAGGAUGACAUUGAUCUGGUGGUGUUUGCCACAGGCUACACUUUCUCAUUCCCCUUCCUGUCUUCACAUGUAAUUCCUGUCUCAAAUAACAAAGCAUCCCUGUACAAAUACGUAUAUCCUCCAGAACUGGAGCGGCCAACUUUAGCCGUGAUUGGUCUGAUCCAGCCCCUGGGAGCCAUUAUGCCCAUCUCUGAGAUGCAGGCGCGCUGGGCCACUCGUGUUUUUAAAGGUCUAUGCAAACUGCCUCCAAUGAGUGCAAUGAUGAAGGACGUUAAAGCAAAAGAGGAAACAAUGGCACGAAGGUAUGUGGCCGCCCAGAGACACACCAUCCAGGUGGACUACAUCCCCUACAUGGAUGAGUUGGCUAAACAAGUGGGUGUCCGUCCUUCUAUCCUCAAGUUGUUCGUGACAGACCCGAGACUGGCUCUGAACGUCAUCUUUGGGCCCUGCACCCCGUACCAGUUUCGUCUUCACGGGCCGGGCCGAUGGGAAGGUGCACGUCAGGCCAUCCUGACUCAGUGGGAUCGAGUCAGCAAGCCCCUGAAAACACGCUGUACACCAGAGCCACAGUCACAGCGCUCCUCUCAUUCACUCAUAUUCUCAGUGUCUGUUGCAGCGCUGCUGUCUGCUCUGUAUUACAGCAGAAGCAGUCUGAACGCACUCAUAGCAGACCCUUCAUCGCUCCUGGACAAGAUCAGGGCUUUUAUACCAUCAUCACUGACCACACAGUGAUCGUGUAACGUGAAUAAGAAACAUUUAUGUAAAAUAUACCAUCUUAUACCAUUUUUCCGUCAUGGUAAACCAUUGUCAACAUCAUGACAAUAUUUGAAUGCAUAUGCUUGAUAUUAAUACUUAACAUUUUUAACACAGUUUGUGUAUAAUGAGUAUUUAAUUUGAUUUUAAAAUAACUAAUUUUAAGCACUUGUAAUGUGUACGUAAUUGUUUUAAUAAAAUUGUGUGGUUGUAAUUCAA